GCGGGAGGGGUCCUGGUGCACCAUAUAACUGCCGCCUUCCAAUUAGAGCAGAGAGCUUAUGUUAUUGAAGAGCAGCCUGGCCAAUGAGGAGGCAGCGCACCAGGAGCCAGCAGGGAGAGAAGCAGCAGAGCGAGUGGGCAAGAGGAGGGAAAAAAAGCUGCAGCAGCGUGUGAGUGUGUGUAGUUUUUUUUCAUCCCUCCCCCUGAACAGAUCUUUAUCAAUUUAGGUACUACUGCACUUGGGGUUGCGUUGAGCGCGUGUCGGCACAAGUAUCAGGUCAACGGCAAGGCAGGAUCAAGGUGUGUCCAGUCAGUGGGCUGUGGGGAAGAGUCCUGACUUGAAUUCAUUCUAAAGCUGGGAGUAGCAAGAUAAAGUGAAAGACAGAUUGAUUGAUUUUUCUCUUUAUCUCAAAGUGUCUGGGAGCCUUUUGAAGACGCGUGGGUCGGAGGAGCCCGACAGAGUCCUGUGGACAACUUUCUAGAAAGGCUCUCCUCUUCCUGAUCUCCAAGUCCAGCAGUCUUUUAUCGGUGUCCAUUUACAGCCACCUAUCAAGAUUCACGAUUUGGCAGGACCUGAAGAGCAGCCUAGAUGUCGGGCCAGUGGAAGGCGUUGAAGAAGCCGCCGGCGGCCAUGGUGGCCCCGGAGCCCACGGGGGCCAGCGCGCUGACCGUGGCCCUGGAGCCCAUGGCCCCCACCUCGGCCGACAACUCCACCGAGUCGGUCAGCAAGAACGACGCCUUCGAUGAGAUCAAGAACAAGUUCCUGAACGAGAUCGACAAGAUCCCGCUGCCGUCCUGGGCUAUCAUCGCCAUUGCAGUGGUGGCAGCCAUGUUGAUCCUGACCUGCUGCUUCUGCAUCAUCAAGAAGUGCUGCUGCAAGAAGAAGAAGAACAAGAAGGGCAAGAAGGGGAAGGGGGAGCUGGGCAUGAAGAACAUGAAGGGGGGCGAGAAACAACAGGAGGAUGACGAGGACGACGACGACGCGGAGAUCGGGCUGACGGGCGACGAGAAGGAGGAGGAGGUGAAGGAGAAGGAGAAGCUGGGCAAGCUGCAGUACUCCAUCGACUAUGACUUCCAGGAGAACAAGCUCACCGUGGGCAUCCUCCAGGCCGCCGACCUCCUCUCCAUGGACAGCGGCGGCACGUCCGACCCCUACGUCAAGGUCUUUGUCCUCCCCGACAAGAAGAAGAAGUUCGACACCAAGGUCCACAAGAAGACACUGAAUCCCACCUUCAACGAGACUUUCGUCUUCAAGAUCCCCUUCCAAGAAAUGGGCGGGAAGACUCUGGUCAUGUCGGUGUAUGACUUUGAUCGCUUCUCCAAACACGAUGUCAUCGGGGAGCUCAAGUUCCCCAUGAACACCCUUGACCUGGCCAAGCCAAUCGAGGAGUGGAGGGACCUGGACAACGCAGACCAGGAGGAGCCAGAGAAGCUGGGUGACAUUUGCAUCUCUCUGCGUUACGUGCCUACUGCUGGCAAACUUACAAUCUGUAUUCUGGAAGCCAAGAAUUUGAAGAAAAUGGACGUGGGAGGACUGUCAGAUCCGUACGUGAAGAUCAACCUGUUGCAGAACGGCAAGCGUCUGAAGAAGAAGAAGACGACAGUGAAGAAGAACACUCUGAACCCCUACUACAACGAGUCCUUCAGCUUUGAGAUUCCUCUGGAACAGAUGCAGAAAAUCCAAGCCGUGAUCACGGUUCUCGACUACGACAAGAUCGGCAAGAACGACGCCAUCGGUAAGGUGUGGGUGGGCAGCAAGUCCACGGCGCUGGGCCUGAAGCACUGGUCCGACAUGCUGGCCAACCCGCGGCGCCCCAUCGCCCAGUGGCACCCGCUACAGCCCGAGGAGGAGGUGGACGGGGCCCUCGCCGCGCUCAAUGCCAAAAAGUAAAACUUCCAGUGCGCCUCCUUCCUCCCUCUUCCUUCCCCCUGCUCCUCCUCCUCUCCCCUCCUACACCCCCCCUCCCUCCCUCCUGCUCCUCUCCCUCCCCCCUCUCCUACUCCUCUCAACCCUCCUCUCAACACCUUUGUCCUCCUCCCUCCCAUUUCCUCACCCUUACAUCGAGUCCCAACUGUUUGCCUACUACCCCCCCCCCCCCCCCCUCCCCAGACUUAAACCCCCACCCACAUGCAACAACCCCCCCCCCCCCUGCUGUUUUCUCCAUCCCCAAUCCUCCCAAUCCCACCCAACCCGACCAUUGCCAUUGCAAAAAAAAAAAAAAAA